CCGUUGUUUCGCCUUCUAUGAAAGAGUUUCACCGGUGUACAAGAGGUCAAUUGGAGUCAUGUCAGCACAGCUCAGGCGGUCUGCCAGGAAAAGGAAAAAUUUGCCAAUACUGGCUGCUGCAUCAGCAAGGAAAAGGGCUAACCAGAGAGUACUUGACACUAUGUCAGUAACUGCACCACAGUUGCCAACAGUUGAUACUGGUACACCAUUCAUACCCAUUACUAGUUCUACUGGUACAUACCCAAUGUUGUUUUCACAGACAGGGGCAGGCAUAUAUACCAGCGCAAGUACAGGGCAAGUCGAUUUGACAAGCACAGCUAAUACCCUGUUAUACUCAAGAGUACCACUACCAGACCAAAGAGUGUGCAACACUGUUACCAGUCAAGAUCCUACAGAACAUUCCUUAGGUAAUACUAAUGGUGCCUCAAGUUUUACAAUGCCAUUUAGUACUUUUGAUCACCCUAUUCAGAUACCCAGCAUGCAUGCAAAUAUUGCUUUUAAUGUUUCUCAAAGUAUCAGAGAAAAAAUUAUGAAAAGUGAAUUUAUUGAUUUAGGCAUUUUGUUAAUUAACAGUACUCAGCAGUCUACACAAAAGCUUGUUUUUAGAGGAGGUGAAUUUAUUGUGCAAACAGAAAAUAUGCAAAACAAAAUUGGGUCUAUUGACCAAUGGACAUCAGCAUUUAUCAUUUUUGUUAGUAUAUAUUGUACUGUGCAUUCAGGUAGAUUACAAGAAUUACUUAAAUACAUGUCAGUUGUACAUUUGGGCGCAAAAAGAAAUCCUAAUAAUUUAGGUUGGAAGCUAUAUGAUGAGCAAUUUAGGUUGCGAAAAACACUGGAUCCGGCAAGUUCAUGGGCUAUAGUAGAUCCAGAGCUUUGGUUAUUAUAUAUGGCUGAUAGUAUUGGCACACAAAAUUUGGAAGUAAAUGUAGUUUCUUCUGGUCAGGGGCGGAUCCAGGAUUUUGAAAAGGGGGGGGCGAAGAUUUUAAAUGUCGCCGAGCGGAGCGAGGCGAAAAUUCUUUGGUACCCUUUUUGGGCUUAA